AAAAAUCAAAAUAAAGUUUAAUUUACAUGAGAAAAAACAAAAACAACAAAAAAGAAUCGGCUCGGAUUCCACCUGAGUUCUCUUCCUCAGUGCUUCACUAACUGAAUCUCUCUCACGACUCAGAACCCUAAUUUUGUCAAAAAACUCCUUCGAUUUGGAGACUUUGCAUUCCGAUGGGGACGUUUCACCGGAGCGGUGCUCCGAGAAGAAGUAAUGAAAAUGCAAAGCUUAUCAUCACGACAAUCGUGGCAAUGGUGUUUGGUUUUUUCAUCGGUAUCACUUUACCAUCUGUUUCCUUUACUAAGAUUAACUUACCCUCAGGACUUAUAUCAUCUUUUGAUCUGUCCCUCUCUGGUGGCGGCAGAUCCCCUGAAGACUUUGGUUCUAGACAGUUUCCUAAGAUAUUUGUUCCAACCAAUCCUCAUGGUGCUGAGCUACUCCCUCCUGGUAUUAUUGUAGCGGAAUCAGAUUUCUACUUGCGCAGAUUAUGGGGUGAACCUAGUGAGGAUUUGAAGAAGAAACCAAAAUAUCUUGUAACGUUUACUGUUGGGUUUGAGCAGAGGAACAAUAUCAAUGCAGCUGUUAAGAAGUUUUCUGAAGAUUUCCAGAUUUUGCUGUUUCACUAUGAUGGCCGGACGACUGAGUGGGACCAGUUUGAGUGGUCAAAGAAGGCAAUCCAUAUCAGCGCAAAAAAGCAAACGAAAUGGUGGUAUGCAAAGAGAUUUUUGCAUCCUGAUGUUGUCUCAGCUUAUGAGUAUAUAUUUAUAUGGGAUGAAGAUCUUGGAGUCGAGCAUUUCAAUGCAGAAAGGUACAUUGAGUUAGUUAAGAAGCAUGGUUUGGAGAUUUCUCAACCAGGCUUAGAGCCAAACAACGGACUUACAUGGGAAAUGACAAAGAGGAGAGGUGACCGAGAUGUCCACAAAGAAACUCAAGAAAAACCAGGAUGGUGCAGUGAUCCGCAUUUACCUCCGUGUGCUGCGUUUGUUGAGAUUAUGGCUCCGGUAUUUUCUAGAGAAGCAUGGCGAUGUGUCUGGCAUAUGAUUCAGAAUGAUCUUGUCCAUGGAUGGGGUCUUGAUUUUGCUCUCAGACGAUGCGUUGAGCCUGCUCAUGAGAAGAUUGGUGUAGUAGAUUCACAAUGGAUUAUCCAUCAAGUGAUUCCUUCCCUUGGGAGCCAGGGUGAAUCAGAGAAGGGGAAAACACCAUGGCAAGGGGUGAGAGAAAGAUGCAGAAACGAAUGGACGAUGUUCCAGAACCGGGUCGCAGAAGCAGAUAAAGAGUACAUGGAACAACAAAAGGUAAAAGAAUAAUUUAAGGGCCAUCGUCAAAUCUUCUUCUUACUCGUCUCUGUAAAUGAAAGCUUUCGUUUCCACGAUCAAGUGAGUGUGAGGAUAGAGAGAUCUCAGUAGUCAGUCCCAUCCUUUAGUUUAAAGAACCUAUCAUCAGAUAUACCUACGUUUCUAGCUUUUAUAAUAUAAUUUUCAUUCCCUCUUGUCA